AUGCGACCGGCCAGACCGAGCCUCCUCCACUUUUGGUCCCAGAAGCUGUGCACUGUCCCAGGGCACUCUGCGCCCCCCCCCCCCCCCGCCUCGAGCCCCCUGCCCCCCGCCCCCCUCCCGGGAAACGGUCAGGUCCGGCCCACUCCCCUCACACUUUCCCGGCUCUUGGUCCGGUUUCCUCCACUCUCGGCAGCCCCCGCAGAACCGUUGGGGAGCCGAGGAAGAAGAGGGGACAGGGAAGAGAGGAGAGGGGUGAACCGGGGGAACCCGGGCCCCCAGACUUGGCCACACUUCACUCACCGCUCCGGGCCGCUGCCGCCGCCCCCGCCGCGCCCCCCGGCCCCGCGCUCCAUGCCCGGCCUGGCCCCGAUCCCGCCCCCGGCCCGCUUCGCUCGGGGAUCUAGCAGCUCUCGCCCCGUCCUCUCGGAUCCGGCGGAUGUGGAGGAUGUUUCAUUGAGAGAGCGGACAGAGGCUUUUUCUGCUGUGUUACCAAAGAAUUUAUCACCUGGUGGCUCAACCUACGGGCCAUGAGGCUUUU